UAUAUUUUGUGUUCCAGACCAUUCCAGCGCACAGUCACAAUGCAUAAGGACAGCUCUGGCCACGUGGGCUUCAUCUUCAAAUCCGGACGCAUCACAUCUCUAGUGAAAGAUGGUUCUGCUGCCCGCAACGGUCUGCUCACCGAUCACUACAUCUGUGAGAUCAACGGCCAGAACGUCAUUGGAGUCAAGGACACUCAGAUUAAGGACAUCCUGACUACAUCUCCCACUGCCAUGACCAUCACCAUCAUGCCUAAGUUUAUCUACGAUCACAUGAUUAAGAAGAUGUCAAGCGGCCUGCUGAAGUCAUCCAUGGAUCACUCUGUGCCUGAGGUCUGAACACAGGAGACCACGCACACCCCUUCACAAUGCCUACAAUCUCUAGCCUUCCCAUUGGAGCCUUCCACCACAUGGGUGGUCUAUCACUGAUUGGAUAAACCCCCUCAAUCACAUUCAUUUAUAACAUGUAAAAAUGGCCUUUUUCUAUUUCACUUGUUGGCUGUUAUCGUUUUGCCUUCUAGUUCUUGAUUCUGUCCUACAUGUCAUUGUUGCUAUUGUUUAAUUGUUGUCAUAUUACAUGUUAUAUAAUAAUAAUCCAUUGUCAUUAUUGAGUAUUAUUAUCCGAUUGCUUUAUUUUGGCUGGGGGGCAAGGGGUUAAAAACUGAACCUGAGCUUCCGUUUUGAAGAGCAUUAGCUUCAACACUCCACUUUUAAAUUCUUCACACUAUGCACAAACACUUUC